AUGGAGGAUGAAUUCGCCAUUCAGUCAUUUAAACCUGCUCUCAGUACCAAUCUAGCAUUUCAGAAAAAGCUAUUACCAAUAUUUAAAUAUCGAGAACCACUUUUGUAUGCCAUUGAGACCUUCCAAGUCACGCUCUUGCAUGGGCACACUGGAUGUGGAAAGACAACUCAACUGCCUCAGUAUUUGUACGAAACUGGCUGGACGAAAGAAGGAAAAAUAAUUGGGUGUACACAGCCGAGAAGAUUGGUUGCUAGAAGUGUUGCAACUCGCGUCUCAGAAGAACUGAAUACAGAAGUUGGGAAAGCGUGUGGGUAUAAGAUUCAGUUUGAGCACAAUGUAUCCGAUGAGACGAAAAUUGAGUAUAUGACUGAUGGCAGUCUGCUAAAAGAAAUCCUUACGGACCCUCUUUUACAGCGCUUUUCGGUUAUUAUGAUCGACGAAGUACACGAGCGAACUGUUAAUAUAGACCUUCUCUUGGGAAUACUGAAAAGGAUUCUUUUAAAGCGCCCUGAUUUGAGAGUGAUCCUUGCUAGUGCUUCCGCGAACAUACAGAGUUUAAAUGAUUUUUUUUACGAAAGAGGUAAAAUUGAUACGAAAAUUAUUUCAAUUGAAGGGAAGUUAUUUCCCGUCGAUGUGAUGUACCUUGAAAAUCCUACGGAAAACUAUGUGAACAUGGCAAUUGAGACGGUGUUGAAUAUAAAUUCCUCGUAUCCUUCAGGCGAUAUUUUGGUAUUUCUCACAGAUCGAAGAGAGAUUGAUGAUUGUGUAAAACGUAUUGAGGCUUUGUCUAUAACAACGCCAGAGGACUUGCCAAUGCUUGUACCAUUGCCUUUGUAUUCGGGUCUAACAUUGGACGAGCAGUUACGUGUUUUUGACAUCUACGAAAAGAGAUUUAGAAAAGUUAUUUUUUCUACAAACAUUGCUGAAGCAAGUGUGACCAUUGAUGGAAUUGUUUAUGUUGUAGACUGUGGCUUGUGCAAGCUCCGAAUCUUUAAUCCUUACAGCAGAAUUACAAAACUAAUUCGCGUUCCGAUUUCAAAAUCUAAUGCAGUUCAAAGAACUGGAAGGGCAGGAAGGACCAAUCCUGGAAAAUGUUUUCGGUUGUUCCCCAAGAAUGUCUAUGAUUCCUUAAAAGAUGAAAGCGAUGCUGAAAUAAGUCAUGCUGAUAUGUUGCCAGUUGUGUUGUUCCUAAAAGCGAUUGGUUUAAGAAACAUAUACCAAUUUCCAUUUUAUAUUCCCCCUCCGACAAUACAUAUCAUUGCGGCUUUAGAGGAUUUGUACUUUUUAGGAGCUAUCGAUGAUCACUCAAGUUUAACCGACCCUAUUGGGUUCCAAAUGGUGGAGUUGCCCUUAGAUGCAAGAUUAUCAAAAGCGCUCCUCUCGUCUGCUAGUUAUGACUGUACUAAUGCAAUGUUAAAUAUUGUAUCUGUUGUGAUGGCAGGGGAUGUCUUCUAUCGUCCUUCUAGUAAUCACCACGAAGCUACUGCUUGUCAUGCAACAUUUAUUACUGAAGAAGGUGAUAUUCUAACUGGUUUAAAUGUCUUGGAAUCGUUUUUAAAUCGAAAGAAAGAUAUGAAAUGGUGCAAGACAAAUUUCUUGAAUUAUAAUACUUUGAGUCAUGCUAGUGAGAUUCGAAAGCACAUCCUUCCCUACUUGCAACGCUUUCGCAUUUCUUCAGAAAAGAGGUUGACAGAUGCGGAUUCCUCAAAAAUGAUAGAAUGUAUUUUACAAGGAUUCUUUCGGAAUGUGGCACAUUUACAGGAUGACGGAUCUUAUAAAACAAUCUCAGGAUCACCAGUUUGGGUUGAUCAGAAAAGUACAAUGAACAACAAAAGCAUACCUUGGAUUAUGUUUACUUCAAUGGUUCAAUAUGAAGAUCGAACAUUUAUUAAUGGGAUUUCAAAAAUUGAAAGUAAAUGGUUAGAGCAUUUUUAUAAUAGAAGAAAAUAA